UUGUUUGAUCAUUCAAUUGAAAUCAGAAAGCGGAAACAAUAAAUUUAAGAAUAUUAUGUUCGAUGACGAGCGUUUGGUGCAACUAGUACAGAGCCAUGAAGUCGUUUAUAAUAAAUUUUCCUCGGGCUACCGGCUGCCACUAAAAUGGCAAUCGGCAUGGGAGGCUAUAGCCAACGAUUUAGGAGCCACAGAGGAAGAAUGCACUAAACGUUGGAAGACACUGCGCGAGCGAUACACAAGAGAAUGCAAGGCGUUGGAUGCACCGUCCGGAAGCGCUGCAAAAAGCUCAACAGCUUGGUCAUUGUUUGAUCAACUAAAUUUUCUUAAACCUUACGUGAAACCACGAAAUAAUCGAUGCACAUUCAACGUGUUGGAGGAAACCGUUUCGCUAGUUUCACCUUCCUCGCAAAUGUCAUCCCCUAUUUUAAAUGAAAGCCAUGAUUUUAUGCCACAAUCACCACCGCUAUUUCCACUAGAAGAGCAAGAGCAAUUGUCGGGUGUAGUGGCACCCGGUCGAAAGCUCAAAAAGUGUGAUAAUGGCAACGAAGAAUUUCGUGAGGCGUUGGAGUUGUACAAAAAUGUUUGCAAAGAACAGCUGGCACCGAAAUGCAGCGAAACCUUGCGAGCUUUUGGACAUAUGACUGUUGCCAGCAUUGCCGAAAUGAGUGCUGAGAAGCAAAUCAAAGCCAUUCAGCUUGUGACGAAUACAGUAAUGGCUCUUAAAUUGGAGCAUAAGGCAGAAGUUUCGCCGUAGACUCCAAAUUCACAAUCUUCACACAUUCGGAAUGUGUAUCUUCAUUUAACAGUAUGUAUGUACAUACAUACGUACGUACAGUGGUCCACAAAAUUAUAGGAAAUUAAUAUACGGCCAGUUUUGCAUAUUUGUGUUUUGUUUAUUUAAUGUUUAUUAUUCUUUUUUUAAGUCUAGCUGGUUGUACAACGAACACCCAAUAAAUUAGCAUCUCAAGCUUUGU